UAAAUAUACAAUAGAAAUAACAAUCUUGACAGGCCACGCAAGGUGAAAAUCAUUCGCGUGUACCAACUCGAAUCACUGAAGUGUAUAUGCAGCGUGAACGAAGCCGAUGACUUUUGUUUUGAAGAGACAGCGAUGGAAGUUGUUGGCGGAGGCGAAUGCUUCCGGUUCGUGACACAUGUAAAGAAAGCCGGUGGGUAAACCCGGAAGGAAAACAGAGUAACAACAACCGUAAUAGACAGUUAUGUGAGUUUUAUUAAGGUUUUAGCAUGUAUAUUAGAUGUGGAGGAGAAGCAGGUUGAGGGCGUGUUGUCCAAAAAAAAAGAGCACGCGUGUCGGAGCCGGAGCCGGAACCCGAGCCGGAGCCGUCCGCCUGCUGGCAGAGGGACGGGCUGAAGCAGCAGCAGUAUGUCUGGACAGAACGAGUCGUGCUGGUCAGGGGACGAAACUGCGGGCGUCCUCAGGUGUCUCCUCGUGGCCUGGGAGGACUGGGUGGCUUGGGGGAAUCUUCAGGACUACCUCAGCUUCCUGGAGUACCUGCUGUGGGUGUUCACGCCCCUGGCCAUCGUCUUCAUCCUGCCUUUCGUCAUCGUCAUCCUGCUCUACCUGUCCAUCCUCUUCCUGCAUGUGUACAAGCGCAAGAACCAGCUGAGAGAGGCCUACUCUUAUAACCUGUGGGACUGCGCCAGGAAGACGCUGGCCACGCUGUGGGACGGCCACGGAGCCAUAUGGCACGGUUAUGAAAUCUGUGGUUUAGAGAAGAUUCCAGAAGAAGGCCCCGCCCUCAUCGUCUACUAUCACGGAGCGAUUCCCAUCGACUACUACUACUUCCUGGCGAGAGUGAUCAUUCAGAAAGGCCGCGCGUGUCACUCGGUGGCUGAUCACUUCCUGUUCAAGAUCCCAGGGUUCAAGCUGCUGCUGGAGGUGUUCAGCGUGAUCCAUGGGCCGCAGGAGGAGUGCGUGAAGGCUCUGCGCAGCGGUCACCUGCUGGGAAUCUCUCCGGGAGGCGUACGGGAGGCUCUGUUCAGCGACGAGACGUACACGCUGCUGUGGGGCAAACGCAAAGGCUUCGCACAAGUGGCCAUCGAUUCCAAAGUGCCAAUCAUUCCCAUGUUUACUCAGAACGUCCGGGAGGGAUUCCGCUCUCUGGGAAAUUUGAGAUUUUUUAGAUGGCUGUAUGAGAGGUUUCGUCUCCCGAUCGCGCCUAUCUACGGAGGAUUCCCGGUCAAAUUCCGCACUUACCUAGGCGACCCCAUUCCCUAUGAUCCCAAACUCACAGCGGCCGAGUUGGCAGAAAAGGUGCAGGCAGCAGUUCAAGAGCUUAUCGACCGACACCAAAAGAUACCCGGCAGCAUCCUGCGAGCUCUCCUGGAGCGAUUCCACAUGCGCCCCAAACACGAAUAGCACGAAGUUCUUUCAGGUGCUCUACGACCGAUUGCACAGCACGCCUGAAGAGGAACAGCACACCUCCCUCUCAGGCUAAAAAAAAAACAAAACUCUACGACUUUUAUUCCCAGCAUAACUUUAACAGAGAACUGGAAGUGUUACCAAAUUAAUAUAUCCUCUAUAUGUGUGAUCUUUUGAUGUUACUGAUAUUCGUGGCAUGGGCACGUCGGCAAAUGUCACCGAAAAAAAAACAACAAAAAAAGGAAUCUCUAAUAACGGUGUGUAUUAUGUCUCGUGUGCACAUGAAUUGGAAGACGGUGCAUCGUGUGUUUCUUAUGUUGUUUUUUGUUUGUUUGUUUGUUUUUUUACUUAUUUGCACACUUCGAUCGUUUUGAAGGACCACUGCCAAAACAAACGAGGCCUUUUGGUUACUUGAUGUCAGAAAUGACGAAAUGGCUUUUAGAGCUGGUGCGAUUUUAAAAUGAACAUAUUUCUUACAUAUAAAAAAAAACGUCACGAUUGACAUAAUAAUGGAAAAAAACAAACAUUAUUUUUAAAUGAAACAUACUGUGAUUAUCUGUGAUUCGGGACUGAAUGGGAUAUACUGUGUUUGACUGUGAAGGUUGUUUGGCUCAAAAUCUUUCGGAUUAUUCGAGAUUUUUCUGGUUCUGCUAAAAAUCAAGGCUUGAUUAAUAAUAAUAAUAAGAAGAAGAAUAAUAACGAGCUGUCACAUUAAUGAGGGAAAUCACAACAUUCCUGGAAUAUGAACACUUGACCAGCAGAACAACUAAUAAGCAUCAUGAUUAUUGCUUUUAUAUCUGUGAUUUUAUUGCAUCCAACUUCUAAAAGGUGUUUAAAAGGUGUUUGCUAUGAUUUUCUUAAUAGGAAAAAUACAUACGCACUUAUACCAAGUUGCCAGUUUUAGAUGCAUCUACCUACCUAUCUUUUAUCUGAUGUAACCCUACAGUCAUGUCGUGCUUUUAUAGGCAAAUAAUCAACCAUUGUGUGGUGUGAUAAAGCGGAGUUACUGUUACCGCCCAGAAAAAAAAAACUUUCAAAGAUCAGAGCGCACGCCAAACGGCGUUAUCGACUCCCGAAAGAAGGAAUCGAUGCUGAACAGCUGAAACGAGUCGUUAGUGAUUCCAGACUUUACUUCCUGUACUGACCUACGUAGGUUCGUAACAAAAAGCCCCGCCUCUGGUCUUCAUCGGCUGCACGCUGACAGCGGUAGACCAAUCACGACAGACUGGGACGCCUGACCAAUCAGAGCAGAGUAUGCUCUCUGAAAGGAGGAGUUUAGAACGAUUCCUUUAGAACGGAUCAUUUAAAGAGUCGUUUGUGACACUGGGGGGGAAAAAAAAGGUAAUGCUGCAGUUUAAAUUAUGAGCACGUUAAAGUGGACCUCGGACGCGUGUAAAUCGACCGUAUAAGACCCCAAACAAAAUUAGGCACGUUUCAGAACCAUAAUAGGUGCUCUUUAAUUAGAUUUUUUUAAAAAAAUAAAAAAUCGCAGUAUGUUGGAAAACUUAGUUACAGCUUUGCCUGUUACAAAACGCUGACGCUGGAGACUCCUUCCACGAGCGUUAAAUAAACACGUCCUGACAUAUCAACAAAUCUACACGUGUCAAGAUGGAUAUAAGACAAUGUCUAUUGUAAAAAGCGCUAUACAAAUAAAAUUAAAAUUGAAUUGAAUAUAAGUGCGUGAUACAAGAAACGAUAACGUAUCAGAAGGAGCGCAUUAAUAUAAAUGUGUGAUUUGGAGCUGCGCUACUGUCACAGCCGCUGUCAGAGAAAAUUAAUCAACACACUUCUGACCCAUCGGUAAUUGUAUAUCUACACGGUAGGUGGAUCUGAUAAACCGGCAACUCCGUAUACAUAUCGAUGAUCAUGUACAUAAUACCUAAAGCAUCGUAGUGGGAACAAAUAUCCGACUGCUUUUUGUUCUUCUUGAACCUUCUGUCUGUCCGUAACGUUGUUAUUAAUGAAGGAAUGUGUUAUCGUUGUGCAGAUGAGCUCAUUGUUAGCCCUGCUAGCACUUCUGAGCUUACUGUUUCUGUAAUGGACUGGGGAGCGUGAGCACGAACACGGCGAUGCAAAGCGCAUCCGUGUGACCAUCGUGCAGCGCGUGACCCUGUACUGAUCCGCCCAGUGGUGCACUAAUUGUAGAUCAGAAAACGCUAAAAAUAAAAACGUAUUUUUUUGAUUAGGUCUGGGUCAGUUAUUGCUCGUUGUACACCAAGAGCAGCUGCUUUUUUUCCAUCAGCUCCUACCAAUUAGGGACCUUUUUUAAAAGCGCUUGAUUACGGAACGCCUCCGGGCGUAUUCGAAUUUUACGCAAGCUGUAACUGGAAGUCUCUGCCACAGGCUGCAUUUCAAACUUGUUUCAAGCUUGAAUUUUUCUUUUUCUUCUUCUCCGUUGCUGAGUCGUACAACCCUACAGGGUUUUUGUUUUGUUUUGUUGUUUUUUUAAAGAAUUUAGCAUUCAGAAAUUUGGUCUUGAAAGCUGCGGUCUGGAAAAGCAGAUCCUGUAAGUGCUGUAAGUUGCGAGGUGGGGCCUCCGUGGAUCGUUUGUCCAGAACGUCCCACAGAAGCUGGAUCGGAUUGAGAUCUGGGGAAAUCGGAGGCCGAGUCAACACCUUGAACUGUUCGUCGUGUUCCUCGAACCGUUCCUGAACUAUUUUUGCAGUGUGGCAUGACGCGUUAUCCUGCUGAAAGAGGACACUGCCGUUAGGGAAUACCGUUACCAUGAAGUGGUGUACUCGGUCUGCAGCGACGUUUAGGUAGGUGGUACGUGUCAAAGUAACAUCCACAUGAACGCCAGGACACGAGGUUUCCCGGCAGAACGUUCCUCAGAGCAUCACACUACCUCCGCCAGCUCACCUUCUUCCCGUAGUGCAUCCUGGUGCCGUCUCUUCCCCAGGUAAGCCACACCUUCUUCCAUUACUCCAUGGUCCAGUACUGAUGCUCACGCACCCAUGACCCUAUCGCCUUGGACCACUUUUGGUAGGUACUAACCACUACAUACGGGGAACACCCCACAAGACCUUAAAAGAACAUCUUUUUUUUUCCUACUGGGAAAUUAUUUUCUUCUUAGAACCUAGAACCUCUCAGGUUUUUAACAUUUAGCUAACUUUUCUUAGAACUUUUUUUCUUUUAAGUUAGCAGUCAGCAGUUCUUCAUCAGCGUUGUUUAAUAAUGAAGGGUUCGUUACACUCUGAACCCUUUCGUAGAACGUUCUUGCAACAGAGCGUCUCCGUAUCAUACAGGAUUCCACGUAGAACCGUUUUCCGAGGCUUAAUUAUCCAAUAAAUCUUUCGAACCCCUCCGAGAACCCAUUUUUCCUAUUAACUAGGCACGUGUGCAGGACAAACUCCAAAUUAUCGUGCGUUCUUUUCUUUUUAAAUCCUAGAACCUGCCAGGAGUUUUAAAAAAAUAAUAAAAUCAAUGAUUUCAAGGGGGAAUGACAUGAUCGUGAAGUGGGCGGGGCUUAAAUCCAUCUUCGAAGUUGCUCUGUUAAAGGUCCAGCGAUCGCACCUGAUGGAUUUCUGUUUCUUCGGUAUGAUUUACAAACGAAACGGAAUCCAGUUCGAGCACGCGUCUGAGCAGGUCGGGGUUCAAGGUUAAAGGUCAAGGGUCCGAUCAUGGCUCUUAAAAUCUUCAGCUUUUCGCCUGAAAAGAACGUGGCGAGGGAGACGUAUAAAAUGACCACAGUGUACUUUAUUAAAUGAAUUUGGUACUUUUGUGUUGCAUUAGAAUCAAAUAAAAAUUUACAAAAAUCCAAUAUAUACAAAAAUGUAAUGCUCUUUUUGUCUUAUUCUUCAAUAUACAAUAAAAUCAGGUAACAGAG